AUGGAUAUGGUACUCAUUCUGGAUGUUGCUAGAUUUAAAUAUCCCCCACAUUGGGUUCCCCUCACACUUCUUUGGGAAGCCAUGGACUCCACUGAUGAAGCCACUAAACUGAAGAGAGGGUUCAUGCUCGUGUCAAGGCGCCAGAGAGAACCAGCUUUGCUCCAUACCCUGAGCUGCAAACAUGAUGGUUGGACCAGUAUUGGGAAAUACUUGACUGAUGAUGUCCCAUUGUUGCUAAGUUCCCAUAGCAUCAAGGAUUGGGUGGCAGAGGUUCUCCUUGCGAAGGAUGGUGGUCUGCCUCUAAGUGAACAAGAGAAAGUAAAACUCGAAUUUAAGGAAACAGUGUUGAAGCAAGUGCAAGAUACUAGCCUCUACAAGCAUGUGACAGAUGCACUGUCUUCAAAGAAUUGCUUUUGCAAGAGAGAACAAAAUUCUUUGCCACAUACUGUAGCAAGUGCUAGUUGCAACAAUGCAAGGGAAAUGAGACGUACUGUUGAUAAGAACAAUGCUUGUGCCACGAAAAUCUCGAGAGCAGAAGCAAACGGUGCUGGAGAGGUUGGAGUUGAUGUUGGUUCUGAGUCACAUUGCUACUCCAGCAUGCACCAGGCAAGCAACCAUGUGUUGACGGUGCUUCUCUUCGCCUUGCCCCCGGAGACAUGGCGUGCCGUAGUAGAUGAACAAGUGUGGGAGGAGAUAUGUGGCCCAGUUUCAAUUCAGAAACUUCCUCCAUUGCUUCAAGAUGAGGUUUUGCACUUGAGAGGUCAACUCUUUGUGCUGAAGAUAUCUUAA